GCAACUUCCUCUAUGAAUUUUACACACAACGCAUGGAACACACAUAAAAGAGAAAUCGCUGGAUCCAAGGGAUCCAUCGAUCUGAAUCGAGGAAGAGGGAUUCACGAAGAUGUUGGGAGCCAUCGCCAUUCCUUAGAGAAUGUAGUACGAGAACAGUUUGCUGAUCCUCAGGAAUCGAGAGACCAGAAGAAAUAUGACAAGGCAAGAAAUCUUGCGACAUAUUUGGGGAAAAUACGGGAACAGUACCGGAUGGAUUUCAAAUCAGAUGAGGAUAAGAUCAGACAGAGGGCAGUAGCCCUAUACUUUAUUGACAUUCUUGGUAUUAGGGUUGGUAACCGGAAAAAGGAAGGGAAUACAUCAGAGACGGCUGGUUGUUGUUCUCUGAGAAAGAAACACCUAAAACUCUAUAAAGAGAACAACAACCACGUGGUAGAGUUUGACUUCCUUGGUAAGGGCUCCAUCCGAUACUAUAACCAAAUUUCGGUAGAAAAGAUUGUCUACUCGAAUCUGCAGCGUUUCCUGAAGAACAAGUCUGAUGAAGGAUAUGUAUUUGACCGUCUCAGUACCACUCAUUUGAAUACAUACCUGAAGACGUUUAUGGAUGGACUGACAGCCAAAGUUUUUCGCACGUACCAUGCUUGUCGGAUAAUGCAACAAGAGCUCGACAAAUUUACUCGUGCAAAAAAGCACGAGUCCUACAAAAUAUGGUACUGCAAGAAAUCAAUCAAGUUGGUCGCCAUAUUUUUAAAUCAUCAGCGAGCAGUCGCCGAAAAGGGAGGUAACAAGAAAUUCGAAACUUCUUUGACAAGCGCCAAAUUGUACUAUAUUGAUCCAAGAAUUGUGGUUGCAUGGUGUACCAAAUGGUGUGUGCCCAUAGAAAACAUCUACAGCACUUCUCAGCGAGAAAAGCUGUUAUGGGCAAUGACAGCGGAUGCGGAUUUUAAAUUCUAGAGCAUGCAAUAUAAGCUGUAUUUCCACUAGAAUUUGAUUGAAAUUGCAUGUUUUAAUGUCAAACGUACCAUACCUUUUGAACCUAUUUUCACAAAAAACUAUUGAGAUGCCAUAGAUAAAGCAAAACUUGAAUGUAAUUUUAUUAUCCUCCUUUUAUCAAAGAAUUAGUUUGGCAUAUUUUUCUAAAAAAAAAAUUCUGACUGCAUCUAUUUUUUUAAUCCAAAUCCAGAAUAUUGAAGUUCUUGUAGCAAACUUAAAUCUUAUCAAAUACAGCUUAUAUUGCUUAAAGGUUGAUGUUUACUCUGAAUGUAGCCUUUAAAUGUAUUUUACAUAGUAUAAAAUUUUUUGAAAAUAAGCACAAU